AUUUAAAGUCUGUCCUUCAGCUGUUCGUUUUCCGAGCUGAACUAAAACAUGAGCAAGCGAUGUGACAUUGUCAACCUCAAUGUUGGUGGUCGGAAGUUUUCUACUUCCCGCAAUACACUUUUGUGGAACAAAAACUCAUUUUUUAGCAUACUACUUGAUGGUGCCUUGCCCACUAUGAGAGAUGAAUCAGGGGCUAUAUUCAUAGACAGAGAUCCAGAUAUGUUCAGUGUCAUUCUCAACUACCUACGAACUAGUGAGGUCAAUCUUAAUGGUGUCGAUAUCAAUUCACUCAAGAAUGAAGCUCAGUUUUACGCGCUGGACUCUCUAGUUAAAAAACUAUCUUUAUGUGAAGAAAACCUUCUAGGCAAAUGUGGAGACCUAUUGUUCCAUGCUUACAUGCCCUCACCAGAAUUCAUAUUGGAUGAAUCUGGGAAAAACUUCAAGUGGGGUGCAAAUAAAGACAACCAUUGUGGUAAUCAGUCUAGUCCUGGAAAUAAUGUAGGUCUACCGACUUACACCACUGCUAGUUUAUCUAUGAAAAAACAUUCAAAUGCACUGAUAAAAGGCUCCGAAAAUUUGCAACAUAAAAUAAAGAAUUCACCGAUUAAGACACGGACAAAUAAUUCAAUGAGUGAUGCUUCUAGUUGUGGUAUAAAUAGAACUAAAGGUAAUCAAAAUACAUCUAAGCACGACUAUCUAUCUGACUGUCCUACACAAACAAUUCCUGACGAGUCAAUGGCAAGUGCGUCGAACCCAGUUAAUCAAUCAACUAGUCAGGAUUUUGAAAGUAAUGAUUUACACUCAACCAAUCCUGAGUUGCAUCAUAAACCUGUAACCUUACUUGUUUGUCAUCAAAGCAUAAUGGCUGCUGCUUACUCCGAUUGUGUAGGUGUAUUCUCGUUAAAAGAUCCUAUUGGUUGGCAUUUAACAUGGUUAAGUCCUAUCUUGCCAGGACCGAUUGAUCGAAUCGCUCUUACUGGAAAAGCACCGAAUCAAAACAGUUUCAGUCCUAAUCCUACUCAACCUGGAAUAACAACCACAUCUCUAUUCCCUUUAAAUGCUACAGUGAAUUCAUCAAAUGUAAAUCCAUCCGGGAGUAAUUCAACCAACGUUAGUAUAAGCAAUAAUAGUAAUAGUAGUAAUAAUAAUAAUUUGAAUGGCUCGAAUCAACCAAUGUCGAAUAAUGUCAUGAAUUCAAGUUUUAAUACAAGUUCUAACUUUCCUACUAAUUUAUCCUCACAGAAUACAUCAUCACAAUUCAACCAGGCUUCUAUAUCUGGGCCGAAUAAUUUACCUUCCGUGAUAAACUCAUCUUCAUCUAGUUGUGGAGGAUGUACAUUAGCUGUAGCUGUUGGAUCAACUAUUAGACUGUGGUAUUUAUAUCCACCAUCGGGAUUAAUCUCUGCAGUUGUCUCAUAUGCUGGUACAUAUGGAGUAACUACAUCACCUGCUACUUAUUUUCUCUCUCCAUUAUACCCAUUUAUGCCUAUGCAAGAUGUGAAAAGCUUGGAUAGUUAUCCACCGUUAGCUAAAAUUAAAGAACCUUGGACUUGUGAAAUGGUUGGCCAAUAUGAUUUGAAUAGACGUUCAGUAGACUAUUUAUUAUUUAUUGGUGCUCAUCUCGUCGCACUCAGUCGAUAUGGUUUAGUUGGUGUUCGACAUGUAAUGACUAAUGCAUGGCAAGUAUGGAGUACUGUCCCUAUAUUGAGUUAUGCUGUUGCCGGUUCUGAGUUGUUACUUUUAGGCUGUGCAAGUGGAUGUAUAUGCAGUAUAAAUAUACAAAAAUUCCCUUUACGUAUAGUGGAUAAUGAUCUUUUAGUCACAGAAAUGUAUCGUGAUCCAUUACGUGAUCCAAUCACUGCUCUUAGUGUACAUUUAUCUCCAAAAACAUCUUAUUCAAGCCGUAAUUGGAUGGAAAUUGCCUAUGGUACAUUAUCUGGUCGUGUAUGCCUAAUAGUUCAGCAUCCAGAAACGGUUGGUUACAGUCCUCAAUUAUUUCAAACGUUUAAUGUUCAUCGAUCAAUGGUUAUACGUGUUGUAUUAUCAGAGAAAUAUUUGAUUUCAGUGUGCAAUGAAUUUCAUCACGUCCGUACAUGGAAGGUGACACGUUUCCGUGGAAUUAUCAGUACACAACCGAGUUCCACACCUGUAGGCUCAUUUCAUAUGACUAUACUAGAUACCAAUAAUGCCACACAACAAUUAGUCGAUUCUAUUUUAGAAGCUACUCAAAAAUGUCACAAACAAAAUCUGAAUUCAACAACUCAGAAUGAAAUAGUUCGAGCUCAUUCUGUCCUUGGCACUAAUUUAUCACGUAAUAAUAAUAUUAAUAAUAUUAAUAGUAAUAAUAAUGAUAAUACAGUUAAUGAUACAUCGAAUCGUAUCAAUCCCUUAUCCUACAAUUUGUCCCACUGGCAUUCACAUGGUUCAAAUUCACGUUCAUCCAGUGCUCAAGGUGUUUCGCAUGAUUUAUUGACUUCUCCAUCAACAUCCUCACCAUUAUCACCAUCAUCGUCUCAAUCUGAUACUCAUCAGCAAAAUAAUUUCAACACUAAUUUGUCAGCAGUUUGUUCAUCGAAUAGACUUCAGUCACUUGAUAUAUCAUCAAAUAUAAUUCAAUCGAAUUCGUCUAAUACUCUUAGAUCAAAUCUAGGUAAUGAAGCAGAAGGAAUCGGUGAUAUGUUUUCAAAUGCACAAUCAGAUAUCGUUGUUCUUCCACGUACAACAUGGCUUCAUGAAGAUGCCUCUGGGUUGCACAAUCAACCCGAUAAUGAGUUGUGCAGUUCAAAUGAUCAAACUGAUACAAAUUCCUUGGAGAAUAGCCUCAAUACUGUGACUAAUACCAAUACUAUUGAUAAUGAUGUUACUAACAAUCAUAAUAGUAAUCAUCGAGCCAAAAAUCGUUCAUCAUCUACUUGUAGAGGUUUACAACAGUCUGUUCGACGUUAUGAUAAUGAAUGCAUUAAUAGUAAUAAUAAUAAUAAUGUCAAUAUAAAUAAUUGUAAAACUAGUAGUCAAAAUAAUAAUACCUCUAUUACUGAUGCUACUACUAGUAAUAAUCAUAAUAAUACGCAUAAACAUAUAAUUCGGCCAAUAAUUGAUGUGCAUAAACAUGCUAAUAAUCCUGGUCCAUACGGCGAACGAGAAGAUGUUUUGGUAUUUGUACAAAAAUUAACACCUCAAGCCAAUCAGUUAUUUGUACGUUUAGCUUCUACGGGUAAAAGGAUAUGUGUUAUUCACUCUGUUGAUCGAAGUUCUAUCAGUUCGUUUACUGUACAUGAACAUGAUGGAUUUAAUCGAGUUGGUGCUCAUCCAAGACGAUAUAUAUUUACUGGUCAUUCAAAUGGUACAAUACAAGUUUGGGAUUUAACAACAGCAUUGAAUCUUUCAAGAACUGGUUCCGGUUUACCUGGUACUAUAAUGACUAUUCCAAAUUCAUCAACAAUGAAUACAGAUGGAGCAUACAAUUUUUCACAUGAAAUCACAUCUUAUCCUAAUGGGAUAAUAAAUAAUAUGAAUUCUUAUGGAGGGAAUACUAUGCUUAUGAUUGGUGCCAAUUCUAAUGGAUUAUUAAAUAAUUCAAACAAUGUUCAAAUUUAUCCUAAUCAUAUUUAUUAUAAUAAUCAAUGUUUAUAUAGUACAGAUUAUUAUCAUGGUUGUUUUAUUGGUGGACCGACAUCAUCGGAAUUAUUAAGAUUAUUAGAAAAUUGUCAACUUGGUUUCUCAUCUGGUGCAUCCAGUAUGACAGCUUUAUGCUCAGAACGUUUAACACCGGCAGAUUCAUUAAAUUCAAUUAUUCAUCAUUCAGGUUUGUGAUAUUUAUUUGGAAAUUUUUCAUUUCUCCUCCUCCUCCUCCUCCUCCACAUCAUCAUCAUCAUAAGGAGAUUGUUUCCGAAUUAUUCAUUUACAAUCACCAUAUUGACUUUUUGAUUAUAUCAUUCCAAACUUGAUAUUUAAUAUAAUGUAACAAUCAUAUCAAAUAUAUGAUUUAGAAAAUCUCUUAUUAUUUAACUAACACAUUCUGUUUAUACAAUUUAGGAAACAUUAUUAACUAGACACAAACUACAAGUUUUGUACUCAUUGUAUCUUGUCAACCGGUUUAUUCUUUAUUUUAUUUACUUAUUUAUUUAAUUGAUCGAACUGAAAGAAAGGUUACUGUUACCCUCUUUCUCUCUCUCUACCCCCUCCAUAUAACAUAAUCAUUGCAUUGUCAGUCAACAUCAUUAGAUUGUUUUCUUUCUUUCAGUUUUGUUCAUUUAAUUCUGUACUCAUUUAGUUAUUUUUAUUCUCUUUUUUUCUCUUUUUUUUUCAUUUCUUGAAAUAGUCUUCAGCAUUAUUUGGAUAGUUUUUUACAUUCAUAAAGAUUACGUAAUAGUUAAUCAAAUGAAUAUGAACCACAAUAAGAUGAAUAGUCUCAUUUAUUGUUAUGUAAUAAAUGAAUGUAUGUUUGAUCUAUAUCAUUUGUUAAGGAAAAACACCAUUCACUUGUUAUUUCCUGUUUAUAUAUAGUGACAGGGGUUAGUAUUAUUAUUAUUAUUAUUAUUAUUAUUAUUAUUAUUAUUAUUAUUAUUA